AUGGAUGCCAAAUACAAUGAAUCUAUUGAAUCCAUCAGAUCAAAAAGUCAGUGCGAUAGUAUAGAUAAAACCAUCCUUAGUAACGAGCAAAGAAAGGAGAUCAUUGCAUUUAAAGAAAAACAUCCUAACACCAGCCAUGUUGAACUCGUCGAUUGGGUAAAAAAAAAAUUUGGCCUUGAAGUUCAUCAAAGCACUAUUGGUCGCUUAUUAAAGAAUAAGGAUAAUAUUGAAAGUAACUCAUCUGCAAAAAGACAAAAAAUGGUCCAAUAUCCUGACCUUGAAAAUGCAUUGCUAGAAUGGAUUUUGCAAAACCAAGUUAGAGUCAUAUUAAGUGAUGCGAUUGUAGUUGAAAAAGUGAAAGUUUUUGCUAAUAUGUUAAAUAUACCUGAUAGUGAUCUCAAAUUCUCUCCUGGCUGGCUAUUUAAGUUCAAAAAAAGACACGACUUGGGAAAAAUAACAAAGCAUGGUGAAGCUGCUUCCGUAGAUGAUGAUGUUGUCGCAGCUGCCAUUCCUAAGCUAAGAAAACUUUAG